GGAUCGUUUAAUGGACAGACCGAGAAAUGGCAUUUAAAGUAAACCCCGUAGCAAUCUCUGGUUGGGUGUGCAACUCAUAAAUUAUUUAAACUCCAUUUAUAAAUCAGAAAACGCGCCUUUUCUCCUUUUUUUCUUCUUUUCUUCUUGUUUAUUCUCUAAAGAUGCGCUCUGUUUUCCUAGUGCUGUCCAGUGUGCUUGCAGCAUGUACAGCCGUACUUGCUCAAGGAACUGCUUCUAUGCGAACACACUCUAUUUCCAUGCCUUACAUUGAUGAUGAACUCCAGAAUAGAUGGUUUGAUUUUGGUGGUAAUACAAUCAUUAAUACCAAUCACCAAAUUCGUUUAACUUCAACAAAGCAAUCUCAACUUGGUUAUUUGUGGUCUCGCUUGCCUUUGAUUGGUGAUCAUUUCCAAAUUGAAUUCGAGUACAAAGUAGAUGGUAGUUCUGGACACCUUUAUGGUGACGGUUUUGCUAUGUGGCUCACCAAACAAAGAAUGACAGAAGGUCCUGUUUUCGGUGCUGCUGAUCAUUUCCAAGGUCUCGGUAUCUUUUUUGACACUUAUGAUAAUGAAAGAGCUCAUCGCCAUACUUUCCCCUAUGUCAUGGCUAUGCUCGGUGAUGGUAUGAAGUCUUACAACAAUGACAAAGAUGGUAGUGAUACUGAACUUGCUGGUUGUGAGGCUGAUUUCAGAGGCAAAGGAUUCCCUACCCGUGCUCGUUUCACUUAUCACAAGAACAACUUUAUUACAUUGGAAUUAAUGUGGCGUCAAGAUGAUCAAUGGGACUUGUGCUUCAAGAAGCACGGUGUUGCUCUUCCUGAACAAAUUUACCUCGGUUUCAGUGCUCACACUGGUGAAGUAACAGACAACCAUGACAUUAUUUCAGUGACCACCAAGUCAAUUCCUCCUGCUGUCUUGGAAAGUGCUCCCCAACCUCCUCGUCCUGCCAAAUCAUCUAGUUCUGGUGGUAUCCUUUCUGUCAUGUUCAAGAUGUUCUUGGCUGCUGGUCUCGUAGGUGUCCUUUUCGUUGGUUACCGUUUCUAUGACCAAAAGAAUAGAAUGAAGCGAUUCUAAAUCAGAUAAUUCUAACCAAUCAUAUCCAACACAGUGUAUAAAUAUAUUUUUUUCUCUUUAUUAUUGAGAUUAUCGUGGCACAUAGAGUUCAGCAGGUGCAGAAGCAGUAUGUGUAGGGACUGGAGGAUAGUAGUGUUGUUGUUGC